GAGAACACCUGAGCAAAACGACGCAGAGAAAAUUUCCACACAGUGAUAAUGACUUCAGGUCAAGAAGGUGAUCUGAGGAUUAUUCUCCUGGGUAAAACUGGAGCAGGAAAAAGUACAACAGGAAACACCAUCCUGGGAAAAAAUGCAUUUAAAGAGACCAGUGAAAUAUGUGAGAAACAGAAAGGAUAUGUGGAUGGGAAAAACAUUGUUGUAUUUGAUACUCCAGGACUGUUCAAUGCAUCUAUCACAAAAGAGCAAGUGAAGGCAGAAAUAGAGAGGUGUGUAGAGAUGUCUUCUCCUGGUCCUCAUGUGUUCCUGCUGGUGAUCAAACUGGGAGUGAGAUUCACAGAAGAGGAGAGGAACUCAGUGCAAUGGAUUCAGGAGAACUUUGGAAAAGAGGCUUUGCUUCGUACCAUCAUUCUGUUUACUCACACUGAUCUGCUGAGGGGUAAAUCUUUGGAGGCGUACAUCAGGGAAAGCCACUAUUUACCAAAAAUAGUGGAUAGUUGUGGUGGCAGAUAUCACUCAUUCAACAAUGAAGAUAGAAACCAUCGACAUCAGAUCACAGAACUGCUGCAAAAGAUUAAUGUAUUGAGGAGAGCAAAUGGAAUGAGACAUUACACUCCUGAGAUGUUUAGAACAAUCCAGACAGAGAUUACAGGGAAAGACAGAAUGAAGCUGCUAAACGUUACACAUAUUUUGAGCAUUAUCAUAGUGAUAGGAGUUAUUUUUCUAGGAACACAGCAGUGGAACAAUAGGCUUCAAAAGGAGGAAGACAAACUGAAAAAUGACAUUCUACUAAUGGAAAAGGAGAUGCAGCAGGUGAGAAAUAAGCUCUCACUAAAGGUAGAGAAUGAGAAGGACCUGACAAGCAAGAUAGAACAGAAUGAACGAGAGGAGAAUCAGCUGAGAAAUGAGCUCUCACAAAAAAUAGAGCAUGAGAAAGUCCUGAAAAAAAAGAUACAAGAGAAUGAACAAAUGGAGAAUCAGCUGAGAAAUGAGCUCUCGCGAAAGGUAGAGGAUGAGAAGAACCUGAAAAACAAGAUAGAAGAGAAGGAACAAGAGCAGCUGAGAAAUGAGCUCCUACUGAAGGAAAGGGAAAGUCAACUGAAAAAUGAACUCUUACAAAAGGCACAGGAUGAGAAGCAGCUGAGAAAUGAGCUCCCACAGAAGGAACAGGAAGAGGUAUGGCUGAAAAAUGAAAUACAGUCAGAACAGGAGCAGCUGCAGCUAGAAGAGGAGCUCCAACAGAAAGAACAGAAGCAUCAGCUAAAUAAGCAGCUACAACAGAAGGAACAAGAGGAGUUACAGCUAAAAAAGGAGCUGCUACAGAAGGAACAGGAGAAGCAUCAGCUAAAAAAGAAGCUGAUAGAUAAGGAACAGGUGGAGUUGGAGCUAAAAAAGGAGCUGCUUCAGAUAAAACAGGAGAAGCAUAAGAUAAUAAAGGAGCUCAAGCAGAAGAAACAGGACAAGGAGAAUCUGAAAAAGGAACUCCAAAAGAAUGAGCAAGAGACUCAGGAGCUGGAAAAGGAUUUCCAACAGAAGCAACAAGAAAAGCAGCAGCUGGAAAAGAAGCUCCUACAGUAUAUAAAAAAGGUGCAAUAGCAGGAGGAGCAUCAGGAAGAACAGCUAAAGGAACAGAAGCAGCAACAGGGAGAUCUACAGAUGAAGCAACAUUAAUACCAGCAGCAGGAAAUAUAGCCAUAUUCACUACGUUUACAUGUGCACCAAUAAUGCAGUUAUUUCCAAUAAUUAAAGACAUUAACAAACACAUUAAGAUGUACAUGAACCCAAGUAAACCACUUCACUCCUGUUUACAUGCAAUUUUCAUUUAUGGUUAUUCACUAAGAAGUGUGGUUGUUUUUCACCAGUAUUCGCAUACCUACAGCACAAAUGAUGAACUCACAUACAGCAGGCGAGUUACUGCCCACUGUCCACUUACAUCAAAUGCAAUACAUGUCUAUAGAUUAGGUACUGCAGUGAAUAUCGCAAUAUCAUACACUCUCAAAGUUCUCUUAUAAUUAUGAAUCUAUCUAUACCUCACAAUGAAUCUAUUAUUGUCUAUGCUUUGUGAUAAUGAGGAUCUGCAAGCUUGCUUAACUCAGCACUGAACAAAAACUCCAGCGUUUUUGAGCAAUUGCCUCUGAUUGGCUGUUGUGUAUAAGAAAUCAACAUAUAUGUCUGAUUGACUACAUCGCUAAAUGUUGCAAAACGUGUUGUAAACAUAACUCUUUGAAGCUCUUUGUGCUCACUGGAUCAUUUGCCAGACUGUUUUGCCAAUCAGAUUUUUACAGCUUCCACUGAGAGUGCUCUUGCUUUCGCUUGACUCCCGUAGAGCUGAACCUGCUUGGGAAUAAUGUCAAGGAGUUUAUUCACAAAAUUGUGUGAACAACAAACAGUAUAGCUGUAUGUCUGAGCACAUGCACACUUUGGUCAGAGCAGUAAUAUGUAAUGUGAUUAAGGUGUUUACAUGCCCGUUAAAAAUUAAAAUUAUAAUUGGUAUAAGCCGCAUAGUUUUGCAAUUAUGCAAUUAUGGUUAAUGCGAUUAUGAGCUUAAAGUAUUACAUUAGGUAAAGUUAAAUUGCAAUAUUGCUGAAAUUCAUUAUAAUCACAUUAUGAGUGUGCAUGUAAACACAGUCCUUGAUUAGAUUAGCAAUAGUAACUGCAUAAGCAGGAGCAGGAGGAACAGCAGUAACAUUAAUAUCAGAACUGAAAGGACUUACUAUUUUUGCAUUGUUUAUUUAAAUGUAAAAUGUUUCCUACAUACAAUUUCAUAGACCAGUGACUUUAUAUUCAUUAUGAAAUUAUGUUUCUCUGUACUGUAUACUGAAUAUAUUGUAGUUUAGGGAUGUCAUGUUUCUGUGAUUAUUGGAGUUUUAAAGGGGUCAUGACAUGGAUUUUUUAAAAUUAUUUUAUGUUCCUUGAGGUUUACUUAUAAUAUCAAUAAAGUU